AAACUGUUUAAAGAAAAUUGGUUUUAUGUCGUAACAUAUUGCUUGGUGUUCGGUAGUUUUGGAGUGUGUGUCGGAUUUUUAGGACCCACAGUCUUUGAUCUGGGUUGUCAAACACAAAGUAACUUAAAAAGUAUGAGUUGGGUGUUUUUUGUUCAA